AUGAAGAAUAAAAUUGGAAGUUUCCUAAUUGGCUUCACUAUAUUCUAUUCUGUGUUGAAAGUUGUUCAUUUCUCUUAUUGUGUGUACAACCUACUUGACAUUAUUCUUGACAACGAUGGUGAUGAUUGUGAAUAUUCAUGCAUAUUUCAAUAUAUGGAAUUAAUAUUCAUCCUUUGUUUGCUGAUUUUCUUGCUCCUCUUAUUCUAUGGUGUAAUUAAGUCGAAACAAUCAUAUGUGGGAUUAUGGCUUGUCUUUCAUGCUUUAUUGAUUAUGUUUCAAUUUGGUUUUCAAUAUUUAAUUCGAUUCAGUUCUCAACGAGAUGAAUACAGUGAGGCAACGAGGAUCUACAAGUCGAUUGAAUUGUCCUUCGAUAUGAUUUCAUUUUACAUCAUUUGCCGUCUUAACAAUGCCUUGAUUGAUGAGAGAGCAUCGAAGGCAACGAAAUUCAACACCCAAUACCUCAAAUACUAA